AUGUCGGAUAGUUAGUUUUAAUACGAAUAAUUUGAGCCAUUUCUUGAAGAAGAGGAAGAAAAGGGAUAUACUUUGGAGGAAAACGAUUAAAAUGAAUUCGAAAAAAGUAACUCAUUUUCUAAGAUGAAAGAAUUAAAUUCCUAUUAAACUCAAGAAACAGAUCAGUAAUUUUAAGAACAAUUCACAGAUAUUAUUCCUUCAAUUGUGGGAAAAAUACAUGAUGAAUUAACAAUCAAAAUUUGCAUAUGUGAUAUUUAUACCUAUACUUGUGAUGCAAUAGUUUCCUUCUCAAAUUCAGAUCAGGCAUAUAGUUCUUCAUCUGAUGAGUCUGAGUUUUAUAAUGACAAUUUAAUUGAAAUAGAAGCUGAUGAUGACUAAAAUUUGUAUAAAUCAUAAUUCAUUUGUUCAAUUCCUCCUUGUGAUUCAUUCGAAGAUUUCAAAGAUUAUCUUUAAAAACUGGUUUCUUAUUCUAUUAUAAAAGCAAAUCUUAACAAUUAUUAUAGUAUAGCAUUUGAUUUAAGCAGUGUUAAGGAUUUGUAUAAAAAGGAUUAUGAUUCUCUAGAGGUUAAAUACAAUUACUAUUAUCAUACUUCCUGGUAUUUUAAGAAAAAAAACUAACUAAUAAUUUUACAGAGCAAAUGA